AUGUCAUUCGAUCAUGGAUUAUUGCUGAAAUUAUCAUUGAAUGAUGAACCAAAAUAUAAUGGCUUCCAAAAUAUACCUACGAUAAUUGAUGAUGAAAUGAAUUUAGAUAAUGAUUAUGAUAUGUCAAUUGAUGAUCCCAUGGAUAUAGAUGAUGAAGAAGUAGAAGAAAUAGAAGAUGAUACAAUUAUAGAUCAGUAUGAAGUUGAAGAACCAAUUGAACAACAAUCAGUAAAGCAAGAAGAUCAUGAAUUAAGUUUCUUAUCAUUCUUUUCACCAACUAUGCUAGGUGCAAAAUUGGCAAUUAAAAAACCAUUAUUAUUAAUGCCACCUCCAUCUCCAAAACCAAUAGAUAAAAAACCAAAGUCUCGAAAAUCUUCAUUUGAUUUUGAAUUUGAUACUAGUUCAUAUCAACCUAUAAAUAAUUCAAAUGAUUUACAAUUAACAUUACUACGAAAUAAAUCAUCAUUUCAACAAACUAAUUUGAAUUCAUUAUUAUCGCCACAGCUACAACAAGAAAACAAACCGGUAUAUGAUAGUAAUUCCAAUUUAGGUUUAGGUUUCAGUCAAUCUAAUAAUAAUUCACAUUUUGCAUUUAAGCAACCAGUCAUGGUUCAACAUCAUCACCAUCAUUACUACUACAAUAACAAUCAAAAUUCAUCACCAACUAUCGUUGAGCCAACAGACAAAGAUCAAAGCGUAAUAGAAGAGAAAAACCGUGAAAUUGAGUUAAUUAAACAAGAUAUUCAAAAUCAUUUAAAUUAUGAAAAUAGAGUAUCUCAUUACGAUCAUAAUCAUCACAAUGUUAUUAAGUUGCCAUUACCUUGGAAAUCCAAUAUAUCUCCAAUUGAAAGAAUACCAUAUUUGAUAACAUCAUAUUUACAAGUCAUUUUAAAUUUCAUUGCAUCUUUAUAUUUCAUAUAUUUAGUCUACUACCUAUUUUCAUCAAUUAACAAGGACAUUACAUAUAAACUAAAUUUACAAAAAACAGCAUUACAACUAAAUAUAAAUCAAGCAAGAAGAGCAUAUUAUGAAAAUGGAUGUGAUGAACCAGAAAAUUUAGUUCCAUUACUACUUGCAAAAUGUAAAUCAUUUGAGAAAAUAAUGUUACAAGAUCCAAAUAAUAUAGGAAAUUUAAGUUUAAUUAGUGCUGAAAUUGUAGGACUUGUUUUAAAUUCAUUAAUUGAACCAUUAAGUGUGAAAUUUUAUUUAUUUAUGAUAAUUUUUAUUGUUACUAUAUUUGGAUGCAAUUUCACUUUUGGAUAUAUUAGAGCAAAAACUUACUAUGGAAAUGAAUAUCAAAGAACUCCUGAAUAG